CUUUAAAGACCAUAAUAUAUAUAUAUGUAUAUAUGUAGAUACAUAUAUAUAUACAUAUUUUUUUUCUGAUAGGAGGAACAUCGUUAUCGCGCUGGUCUCCAGUGAUGAAGAUCCUGGGAGCGGGCACUUUCCCCAUCCAGAUACAAUGCACUUUAACUGAAGAACCACUGAGCUGAACUGCAAGUCUCUUUCUUAUGGUGCUGGAAUACUCCUGCAGAUCUGCCCUGGGAUCGACCUCCAGACAGGGCUCGCUGGCAGACACAAGUCACCUUCUGACCAUUGCACUGAGCUCUCCCUGGGGACUUAAAUUUUGGAAGCGCUCGUCUCACACAUGAUCUCCUCCAAGAUGACGAGCUCAAACCCCGAGGAGGACGCUCUGGAUGCAUUUCUGCAGUACAUUGAGGACCUGGGCAUGAAGGCCUACGAUGGCUUGGUUAUUCAGAAUGCAUCAGACAUUGCUCGCGAAAACGACCGCCUGAGAAAUGAAACAAAUCUGGCCUACUUGAAGGAGAAGAACGAGAAACGCCGGAGACAAGAAGAAGCAAUAAAACGCAUAGGCGGAGAUGUAGGGCGAAGCCACGACGGGAGUUACGUGGGCAAACAUUUCCGCAUGGGAUUCAUGACGAUGCCCGCUCCUCAGGACAGACUCCCCCACCCUUGCUCCAGUGGCUUUGCAGUGAGAUCACAGUCCCUGCACUCAGUUGGGGGUGCAGAUGACGACAGCAGCUGUGGCUCACGGAGACAGCCACCACCCAAGCCCAAACGGGACCCUAGCACCAAGCUGAGCACCUCCUCGGAGACAGUCAACAGCACAGCGGCCUGUAAGAGCGGAAAACCCCCUGAGAGGACGGAAGUGUCGGCCAAACCCAGACCCCACAGUGAUGAAUACUCCAAGAAGAUUCCUCCUCCGAAGCCCAAGCGGAACCCCAACACCCAGCUGAGCACGUCUUUCGACGAGACCUACAUCAAAAAGCACGUGCCCAGGAGGACCUCCCUCACGCGGGACACCUCCCUGUCGCAGGCGGGCAGCCCCGCGGGCGACGCGGAGGAAGAGGAGGAGCCGGUGUACAUCGAGAUGGUGGGCAACAUCCUCCGAGACUUUCGGCGAGAGGAGGACGACCAGAGUGAGGCUGUCUACGAGGAAAUGAAGUACCCUAUCUUCGAUGACAUCGGCCCAGACGCCAAGUGUGACCUUAAUCAUCACAGUUGUUCUUCGCAGUGUGCUACCCCCACAGUGCCUGACUUGGACUUCGCCAAGUCCUCAGUGCCAGGGACCCCCAAGGGCCUGCUCUGUGACAUCCCCCCGCCCUUCCCCAACCUGCUCUCCCACCGCCCCCCGCUGCUCGUGUUCCCGCCAGCCCCUGUGCAGUGUUCCCCCAAUUCCGACGAGUCUCCGCUCACCCCCCUGGAGGUCGCAAAGCUGCCGGUGUUGGAGAACGUGUCUUACCUGAAGCAGCAGGCCGGGCCGUCGCCAUCCUCACUGCCAUCGCACCCCUCCGGCCACGCCAGGCUGGAGAAGGACCAGGGCGGUACCCUGGGCGCUGCGUCUGCCACUGCAGUGCUCUCCUCGUCCCCUCCUCACCCCUCCACUUUGUACCGAGCGCAGAGUCCGCAUGGCUACCCAAAAAGUCACUCAGCCUCGCCCUCCCCUGUGAGCAUGGGGAGGUCCCUAACCCCCUUAAGCCUCAAGAGGCCUCCCCCCUACGACGCUGUGCACUCCGGCAGCCUUUCUAGGAGCGCGCCAUCAGUGCCUCACUCGACGCCCCGACCAGUGUCGCAAGAUGGGGCCAGGAUGGUCAACGCAUCCGUGAACACCUACGCCUCGGCCCAGAGCGGCUCCCGGUCCAGAACCCCCACGAGUCCUUUGGAAGAACUGACCAGCCUCUUUACCUCAGGACGAAGCCUGCUGAGGAAGUCUUCCAGCGGCCGCCGUUCUAAAGAGCCCACAGAGAAGUCUACAGAGGAGCUGAAGGUACGAAGCCACAGCACGGAGCCAAUACCAAAGCUGGACAGCAAGGAGAGAGGGCAUCAUGGGACAUCCACCUCCAGAGAGCCUGGCAAAGCUCAGGAAUGGGAUGGGACCCCAGGACCACCAGUGGUGACCAGUAGACUGGGAAGGUCCUCUGUGAGCCCCACCUUGUUAGCAGGAAACCACAGUUCAGAGUCUAAAGUAAGCUGCAAGUUAGGCCGAUCUGCAUCCACAUCAGGUGUGCCUCCUCCAUCAGUCACUCCUCUCAGGCAAGCCAGCGACCUGCAACAGAGCCAGGUGGCGUGCAUGCCGUGGCUUCACGGAGACCACACAAUGCUUGAGAUGAUCGAGAAAAAGCGUUGCUUGUGCAAGGAAAUAAAGGCUAGACAGAAAACGGAAAAGGGCCUCUGCAAACAGGAGAGCAUGCCCAUCCUACCCAGCUGGAAGAAGAACCCAGGUGCAAAGAAGUACAGCCCUCCCCCCUACUCCAAACAACAAACUGUGUUUUGGGACACCGCCAUCUGAUCCAGGACCCAGCAGGGAACUAACUCCAUGAGCACAUCGCUUAACACGCACAGGAAGGUCAUCUUCAGUCCUGUCGAUUUCGCUGUGCCAUCUUUCUCUGCCAGCGCUGCCCUGCAGAGCCCACGGGCACUGUGCCUACUCGUAGCAAGUUCAAGAUCAAUGUCUAUUUCCUUGCAAUGAAGGCACCCUUAUUUAUUCCAGAUUAUUUUGAAUCCAGAAGAUAUUAACCUGUAGAUAUUUUAAUCGCAUU